AUAACUUUGAUCUGAAUGAACUUGGUUGAGCCCUAGAUUGCUCCUAUGGCAAAACCUUAUUGGCUCCUUAAGAUGCCAAGACUCCAAACCACACUGCUUUGCUGAAUUUUACAGCCAAAGCACGAAGAAGACAUCAACAAAGCGUCCACCUGAAGCAGCAAACUCUCUCUCUCUGUCUCUCUCUCUACAUGGAUUGCUUCUUCAACGCUCCAUUGGUCCAAAGGUGAGCAAGAUCCAGUCCAGAGACAGAAUAAAAUCCCAAAAAAUAAAUCACUUCGUGAUUCUCACGUCCCAUCCCGAAUUGCCCACGCAUUAAUAUUGCUUCCAUUCAACUCCACCCUCCAUCCCUUAUUAAUUCGUAUAUUUUCUUUGUUAAUUUCCCUCCUACCAAACACCCUUGUCGACAUUGAAGUUGAACCCCAUCUUUGUUUUCUUUCUUUAAUCCCAUUCCAAAUCUCGAAUACUAAUUCUUUAAUCAAAAUCUUUCCAAAACAAGACGAAACCCAUUUGUCAAUUCAUAGCCAUGACAGAGGUCCUCCACUCACCCUCGUCCUCUUCCUCCACUUCUUCCUCCUUUUCACCCACCACCCACAAUGACGCAUUGUUCCAAAGGCAGUCUUUUGUAGAAGAAGAAGAAGAGGAGGACGGGAUUUCUAGGGGGACAGAAGGUGACAGAAAGGAGAAAGAAAAAGAAAGGGAUCAGUUGUCUUUGUUGGCACUGUUGGUGACUCUCUUUAGGAAGUCUUUCUGGGUUGCUUGCAAGACUGAUAGCGAAGAGCUUUGUGGUGGUGGUGGUAUGGAGAUUGGGUGGCCCUCUAAUGUGCGCCAUGUUGCGCAUGUUACUUUUGAUAGGUUUAAUGGGUUCUUGGGUUUGCCUGUGGAGUUUGAGCUUGAAGUGUCCAGGAGGGCCCCUAGUGCAAGGUGGGAGAUUUGA